UUAUUACAGUUGACUUAAAGUCACUAGUCCCUGGCACAGCCAAAAACAAGAGAGUUAUGUGGGCGCUGAAAGAGAAGCUACUAAUUAAGUGUGACUUUCUGAUAAUGUGGAACUCUCCAGGUGAUGAAGAUUUCAGCCUCUCUACUCACUUUGAGAAGUACCAGUGUAAGGAACAUGCACCAGCUGUGUCUACAAAAGUUUUGAGAGACCUUCCGUAUCCAGUUAUUCAAAGUUGUGAUCUGAGGGGAAAUCCAGAAAAGUCAUGUGAUGCCUCUGAAUUUUUGGAGUGGCUAGGUGCAGUUACUUCAAAAAUAGAAUGCAACAAUGAAGCAUCCAAUUUCUUGUCCACAUUUUGCUGUCCAGAGCCCAGCAGUGUAAUGGAGAAAGCUUAUCUUUGCACAGUUACUGGUUUUCUGCUGCCAGAGAAGAUCUGUAAGCUUUUGGAACAGCUGUGCCACUAUUUUGAUGAGCCCAAAUUUGCCCAGUGGACAUCUUUGACUGUUCACGGCUUUGCAGACAGUCCUGUAAGUUGGGGGAGUGCUGAACAUGGAUUUCACAAAGGAGGAGAAAAUUUUUACAAUUUUGUUGUUUUCAAAAAUCAGGAUUAUUGGCUGCAGAUGGCAGUAGGAUCACAUGAUGGCUGUCCACCUUAAAAGGAUAAAAAAUAUUUAGAUAUGUUUUGACAAAGUCAUUCUCAUCAGUAACGUGUGCAAGUGUGGCACUGCAGGUUGCAGCAUUAAGUAAUGGAACAUUUAACAUCCACAAAAAUGGAGAUUCAUAAAGCCACAGAGCUGGAUUACUUAAUGACACUUUUAACUCAGUUGUACAACUUUUGCAAAGCUAGAAUACAGUGAAUAAAGAAAAUUUAAAAUUCA